GCUCUGCUCAGUGGGAGAGUUCAAGAAACGAUGGCAAAGAUGCAAUUAUCAAUCUUUAUCGCUGUCGUCGCGCUUCUCGUCUGUUCUGCAUCUGCUAAAACCGCAAGCCCUCCGGCUCCAGUGCUGCCGCCGACACCAGCUCCAGCACCAGCCCCGGAAAAUGUGAAUCUCACCGCGCUUUUAAGUGUAGCUGGUCCGUUCCACACAUUCCUUGACUACCUUCUCUCAACUGGAGUCAUUGAGACAUUCCAAAACCAAGCUAAUAACACUGAGGAAGGUAUCACAAUCUUUGUCCCCAAGGAUGAUGCUUUCAAGGCUCAGAAGAAUCCUCCUUUGUCAAAUCUGACAAAGGAUCAGCUCAAGCAGCUUGUUCUCUUCCAUGCUCUUCCUCAUUACUAUUCGCUUUCGGAAUUCAAGAACUUGAGCCAAUCUGGUCCAGUGAGUACCUUUGCUGGUGGUCAAUACUCCUUGAAAUUCACAGAUGUUUCUGGCACGGUUCGAAUUGAUUCUCUAUGGACCAGGACUAAAGUCAGCAGCAGUGUUUUCUCCACUGACCCUGUUGCAGUUUACCAAGUAAACCGCGUGCUUCUACCCGAAGCAAUCUUUGGUACUGAUGUCCCUCCAAUGCCAGCUCCAGCUCCUGCUCCUGUCGUUAGUGCUCCUUCCGAUUCUCCUUCUGCUGAUUCUGAUGGAGCCAAUUCUACUUCACCAAAGUCCUCACACAAGAACUCAGGACAGAAGCUGCCACUUGCUCCAAUCGCCAUGGUUCUUUCCGGUUUGGUGGCAUUGUUCUUGUGAUCAAAUGGUUUAGCAGAUUGAGUAUGUUCUAAGUUACAAUGUGAAAGAUUGUAUUACAUCAUUCCAAUUAUCUUUUGAUUUUUGAAACCCAUUUUUUAUUAUACAUUUUUAUCAUUAUUAUUGUUGUCAUUACCAUUGUUGUGAAUUGAGAUUGUUCCUCCAUUUUGCUUUUCUUCAGUUGAUUUUGCUUCAUUUGCAAGUUAAGAUGAUAACAAGAGGGUUAUUAAAGUUCAUUCUCUUUG